GUUAAAUAAUUGGAAACCAUCACAAUAUUCAGUUCCUAAUACGAAAAUCUUAUAUUUACAAUAUUUAUUGUUAUUUAUAAAUCAUAACAUAUAUUAUAACGCAUUAGAAGUGGACGGAUAAUAUCAUAUAUGAGCGAUUGCCGAAUAAUCCGGCUAAAACACUAUGAACCAUAUCAACUCGUAACGUGCAUUCAAGUUUUCUCUUUGUAUAUUCGUUGAAAAUCAUCUUCAUGUUAACUCUAUGUCACGAUUAUUUUCGAAUUUCCUCCCUUGGUAAAAAUAGCAAAGAUGGUAAUCCACACUUUAGUCGUAGAAAAUUUGCGUUUGGUUUAUUCUUACUACUACUGGUUGUUAUAUUGUGGGUUUUGUCAUCAGAGGUGACCAAAUAUAUAUAUGUAGAAAAGAAGCUAGAGAGACCAUUCCUAGUAACCUAUGUUCGUAGUUCACUCUUAUUUGUAUACCUAUUGGUGUUGUGUUUCACACCACCUACAAGGGAUCCUUGUCGACCUGUUGAUUACACUCAAUUAUUAGAACAUUCUGCUGAAACAGAUGAUGAAAACUAUUUUAGUGAAACCACCAAUAGUUUGGGUGAUUCUACAUUCGUACCAGUCCGUGCUGGAGAGACCACUGACAGUGAUGAUGCAGCUCCAAGAGCUGUACGAUUCAAUAAAGUAGCAGAGGUGCGCGUGAUGUCCGCGGCGAUGGCGGGCGAGGCGCUGCUGGCGCGGCUGUCGUGGGCGGCGUCGGUGCGCGCCAGCGAACACGCGCAGCGGCGCGCCGCCGCCGCCGCUACGCGCCGCCACCUGCGGCUCGCGCUCAUGUUCGCUGUACCCUGGUUCAUAUCAAACUACCUAUACCGACUGAGCUUAAAGCACAGCGGGGCCAGUACGACGACAAUCUACACGUCGACAACGGGGGCAGUAGCACUCUCACUGGGCGCUAUAUUUACUCAAGCACCCGGCGACCGAUUCAACCUAUCCAAGAGUGUCGCUGUUUUACUUACAGCUGCUGGUCUGGUGGUGUUAGCUUUAUCAGAAAGUCAGAAUAACUGGAAAGCUGUAUUGUCUGCCCUCGGCUCCGCUUUAUUCUAUGCAAUGCAUCUUUUAAUGUAUCGGCAAGAAUUAAAGAAAGGUGAUGGCAUCAACUCUCCAUUGCUUGUUGGUUUGGUGGGAUGCGCCUGUGGAUGCAUAGCAUGGGCGAUGGGCGGCGUACUAGCUGCCGUAGGUGUAGAGCCAGCCGAACUGCCACCGCCCAGGCUCUGGAGCUGGCUACUGCUCGACGCAGCCGUGGGGCCGCUACUAAUUGAAUCGCUAUGGCUGUGGGGUCGGUCGCUGACCUCGUGUCAGACGGCGACGUGCAUGUUGGCGCUAGUGGCGCCGCUGUCGGCGGGGGUGGAGGCGUGGCGCGGCGGCGGCGCGGGCGGCGCGUGGCGCGGCGCCGCGGCCGUGCUGGCGGCCGGCGGCUGGCUCGUCGGCUCGCUCGACUUGCCGCGUUCGCUGACGCCAUUCGCGUGGAUUAACACGCGUCUUCGAGCCGCCGAAGGGUUCACGGCAAUAAGAAAUAUACCAGAUCUCGACGAACAAUCAGAGGCCCUGAUGUCAUCAGACGAUCCGACGUAGCACAGUACACAAACCACUCACAAGAGGAUUUGCUUCAACACUGAGGCGCACCGGGUUUUAAUGUAGUCAUGUAUAGUAUAAUGUGGACCACAAGCGCCCAUGUUUCGUGAUAGAUCUCAUUUAACUAAUCUCUGACUUGCACUAAUAUGAAGCAAAAAGUAUUUGGACAAACGUUCCUAGAAUCUUGCAUUUAAAGGAAUGUAUCCAAAGAUUGCAUUAAAAUUAUUGCAUCAGCAGAUCAAUGGCAUCACAUAUAAAUAAUAAGAAAACAGUACUUGUAAUGGCGGUUUUAUUAUUUAUAGAAAAUUAGUAAAAUUAGAUGUUUUAAUAUUGCUUUUAUAUUAGUGUCGAUUUUUAGAUAAAUCAAUUGUGAAGUAUUGUAAUGUUUCUUGGAUUAUUAAUUAUUUCUCUCUGAAUAAUUCAAAAUAUACUUUUGUUGCCUCGCGUACUUACGCGUGAGGAGACAAAAGUACUCUGAAUGGACUAUACUCUUUGACUGCAAAUUAUCUUUAAAAGAAUUUAAACACCGGUUUGUUGUGUAAAACACGCUUUGUUAUUCCUAGUCUCUUAUGAUUAGCAUUUAUAAAAAAAAAAGUAGUUAAAAUCAAAAUGUUAACCAUUAAGUAAUAAAGUAACCAUUCCACUUUAUAAGUAGUAAGAAAUAAUCUUAACUUCAUUCCAUAUAAGUGCAAUAUUGGGAUAAAAACGUUUGAUAUAAAAAAAUUUAUUAUGUAAACGUCUAUCAAUAUAUGUAAGUUUAUAAUUUAUGUAAUAUAAUUAAAUUUUCAGUUCAAAAAUUGUUGAUUGUAAAUUAAAAUAAACUCACAGCAGUAAUCCUAAUUGGGGUUUCAGAUGUUUUAUCAGGAUUUUUGUUAAUUGAUAUGCGAAAAUAUAAUUUUGCCACAAAUUAUAAUGAAAGUAAUAAAAAUCUAAUUUUGUUGAUUAUAUUAUAGAAUUGUUUUUAUAAUUAUGAAUUUGAUAUUAAAAAUGCAUAGGUCAAUUAUUCACUCUUCGCACCUCCAUACUCAAAUAAUAGACAUUUCUUUAAAAUUUAAUAUCUCUCUGAGAUUACCAAUAUACAUUGUACUAAAUCCUCGCUUGUUUCCUCCUGAUCUAUAAAUGCAGGUGUAAAAGUUGAUACUCGUACUUUAACUGUGCCUUUUCGUAUAGACUAAAUACAUUCAUAAUUACAGUAUAAUUAUAAAAUCUGUUCAAACACAUUAAUAUAUAGUAAGAAUUAAAUUAAAAUAUCGACUAUAUGAUAUUAUUUAAGUUACAUAUACAAUGUUCCACUCUUAUAUUGUAAAAUCUAUUUAUUAUGUUUACAAUUGGACACGCAACCUGUUUUCUAAACAUUAUUUUCCAGAUUAUUUACAAAAAAUAUUUUAAAUUUAGUAAAUCAAAAUACUAAAUAGUACUGUUCUUUCUAUUGUAGUAUCAUAUAGUUAAUAUAAUAAUAAUAAAGUUCCACCAUGAAAGUUUAAUUCAAGCAGCAAAUCAUAAAUUCAUUUUACUUACAAAUACAUGUCUCAUUAUUAUUAAAAAAGUGCUAGCACUUCACAUCGUAUACAAAAUGGCAACUUACAGCAUCUUUAAUCUAUGUGUAUAGCAUUUUCUUAUUUAAUGUAAUAAAUAAAAAGCAUUGGUACUUAAAUUUUUUUAACUAAUAACAGUUUAAAAAAUAAAUACUUUAAAAGGUUUUUGAUUAUUAAAUGAUCCUGUAUUAUGAAAUUUUUUUAUCUGUAUUUAUUCUUAUUUUGUUAUUGUGUAAAUGACAUACCAAUAUUGUUUACAUGUAUGUAAAUAAGUCUAUAAAAAAUAUAGUAUCCUUAUCUAUUAGUCGCCAUAGUUCUUUUAUAUUAUUUGAAUACCACUAAAAUUAAAGUAUAAAAAAAUGGAUUGUUAUUAUCAAUUGGAACAGAUUAUUAUUAUUGCUGUAACCUUUUAUACAUUAAUUCAAAUAAAUAUAAAAUCAGUCGCAUAAUUUAUUAUCAUUAAUUCUUAUUGUAAAUUAAGACAUUGUGCUUGCGUAAGAAUUGACAAAUAAGUAUCAUUCAAUCAAACAAUAUUACUUACAACUGAUUUCUGAAUUGAAUAUAGAUAUUUAAGUAUGAUUGAAUACGCUUUAUAAACAUCUUAGAUUUGAUAUUGAAUUGCGGUACAUAUUUAAAUAAUAAUCAAUUCGGAAACCAGAGGUUGGAGUUAUAACUAGUGUCCUAAAUUGUGAUGAUAGUUAUGUUAAAAAAUUGUAUUUGAUUACAAUACUGGAUUCUAAAAGGUAUUCUGCAACCAUGCAAAUAUCACAGUGCUUUCUCAUUGUAUAAUUUAUUUAUUUUCAAUCUAACUAUAAAUAGUUAUCUGCAAAGUGAUAAAAAUGCAAAGUUGCAGAACACUAGUUUUCAUAUCUACCUUAAUAUCAUAUGAAUGUUCUAGAACAUGUAUUAUAUUUAAAGGAUAUUGAUAUCAGAAAGUAGUCAGUAUAAUUAAUAAAAUCAUACAUUUUAAAUUUUAUAAUAAAUUCUUCAUACGGAGACAACUAAUGUGACUCAUAGAUUGUAUACUACUGCUGCAAUUUAUAUUUUAUCUGCGACUCAUUUAAUGUGUAAUUAGUGACACAGUAUUAAAAAUAAGUGGAUUAUUUGUGUUAUGAGAUAUGUAGCAAUAGAUUUUAUAUUACUUAA